AUGACUUCGGAGCUUCUCGCCAGCAAACGGGAGGGGGGGGGGGGACGGCGUUCUAAGCGGCGGUUUGCGCUAUUCGAGUUAGGGAAGAAAGUGGUCGUGGUGGGGGAUGAGGGGAAAUUCGUCUCUCGUUAACGGAAGAGUUCACGACGUACCAAACCACGUUCUCCCGCUACAGAAAAUUUGAAGCGUAGUACCUUGUGGUGGCAUUUGCUGCGAAGCUGGUGAAAUAUUCCACUUGUGUUACCGAAAGUGCGUUUGGGAGUGCUGUGGUAGUGCAAAUAACAAUUUUUACGCGUUAUGCGACAAAAGAUGUAAUAGAACGUGAUUCUGUGAUACUAGAAGAAUCUGUGCGCGACGGAAUGAAAUGUUAAGAUGGCGACGAGAUAUCAUCGACGUCUUUGUAGUUAAUUGGGGCGUCUGCAAGAUUUAUGCGCAGAAUAGAAUUGUCUGGCUUAUUAUCUUUCUCUCCGCAAUGGUGUACGCCACAAUUCUCAUCAUAAGCAGCGCAGAGCGUUAUUACACCAACCCCACAGUGGUGUCCUUAGAGAAGAAUUAUAUGGAAUGGAAUGUAACUUUCCCGUCCAUGACGUUCUUUUAUUUAAAUCGCGUGAACCACUCUGCCGUGAAAGAAUUCGUGCGAAAGAACAUGUCCAUUGUCGAUCCUGAGAAGGCUGCACUGUACGAGAGGUUCGUUGCAGCUGUGGGAAAUCUGACUUACGACAACCUGCACUUAUUCCGAGAAUUUGAAAACGAAAACGGCUUCGAUCAGAUAAAGUCCGAAAUGGAAGACAUCGCCGUGCAGGUUCAGGACCGCCGCGAACUUCCAACACCUGAAAAAGUUGGAAAACAAGUAAUAACCACCACACCAAUUUUAGGAGAAUUUGGGAUAGCCUACACUUUCGCGUCUCCUAUAGCGCGUUACAUAUCACCCAGACCGAUAAGAGAUAAUCCUAAGUUGAGAGAUAAAUAUAAAGCAGAUAUUGUGAAUUGCCAAGUAAUUGGUUUUUCUUGCACAUCCUAUACGGGUUUCCCGGUGGGAAUGAGUGUUAAGUAUUCAGUACAUUCUCCUUAUGAAGUGCAGCAGGCAUCUGACAAGUUCGAAUACGGAUUCAAUGGGGCCAACCUGAUCUUUUAUAUGGCUUCACAAAUAAUUUCAGACGUUGAAGUGUACAAACUGAAACUGUCACAACGGCAUUGUUUCCUUCAAACAGAACCUAGUGGCAAUUUGCCAUUUAGUAGUUUCAAUAUAUGCCUCAUGAAGUGUCGGCGGCGGCUAGCAAUAAGUCUGUGUGGAUGUGCACCGUUCUUUUAUAAUUCUCUUGGAGGAAAUAAGAAAGUUUGCAACGCGAAAGGUCUGGCCUGCCUAUCACGACAUGUCAAACAUCUUCAAACUCUUUACAAAGAAGAAGGGGGAGUCGAGAAGAAAGAAUCUUGUAGAUGUAUUCAGCCAUGUGAACACAUUGAGUACGAAGUAAGAACUGCAGAUGUUGCUCCAGCGGGACUUAAUGUUAUGAUUACUUAUGGAAUGAAAGAAUUCAGCACAGCUCGUUAUAUAAAACGAGUAUUAUUUGGAAUAGAAGAUCUUUUAGUGUCGUAUGGAGGAACAGCCGGUUUCUUUUUAGGCUGCAGUUUACUAAGCGUUUUCGAGCUGGUGUAUUUCUUCACUCUACGACUGGUGUGUGUGGUGUUCUGUCAUUCACGCGGGUCUAAGGGUGGCGACAGGCAGAAACGUCGACUUCGGCGGGAGCAGUGGUUUCAGUCGCUGCAUCCUAAUCUCAAGGAACCCUUCUACUGAGGUUCCUGCAAGGAAUUCACAACACGCUAAGCAAGGAGUUUUAAAGGGAGAUCUACGAUUUGGGUCUGAGUUUGCUGAUAGCGUGAUAAUCAAUCGUGUGAAGCAAGAUCGUAGCUAUAAAAAGGUCUGGGGAGCUUACGUUCUUCGUAAAUACAAUCGUCUUUUCUUUAUUGUUGGAAUAAUAAGGAUGCACUAAGAAAAAUAUAAAACUGCUAACAACGUUAGAAGAAUUGGAAUAAACGUGUUCGGUGGUUUGGAAGGUAUAUUGUAUUGAUCUGAUUCGUAAAUCGAGUGUCAAGUUGAUUGGGUGUAGUGAUAUUCUAAACGUCUUCAAUGCAACAGCAAACUGUAUACUUGUUUGGGCAGUUUUAUCUAAUUGCUUAUAUGGCGUAGCAUAGAGAAAACUGUAACUGAAGUGAAGUGUGUUGCCGGUGACAGAAAAGACGAGCGACAGAACGCUGCGUGUCAGUGGCAUGCAUGACGCGAAGCCAUGUCAGAGGAAUGGUGCUAUCAAAACCUCAAGAGUUGUUUCUUUGUGACGUUUUCUAUUUUAUUUAGAAAAAAAUAGGCGUAAGCGAAUUGGAGUGGAUAAGUGUAUAACGGGAGGCAGUAAGUGGAGUGUGUAUGAGCUAUAGUAUAAUCCACGUCUGCUUACUUGAAUCCAGGGGCGCGCGGGGAUUACUUUUUAUACCCCAGAUGCCAGCGGUGGCCUACCUUUCAAUUCCUCGUAAAACUGCCCCGUUGAAAAUGGUCUCCUCGAAAUCUCAUCUAUACAGUCGCUGGAAGACAUGCUUCACACAAUUUUUCCUGAAUACCCGUUAGAUUAGAAGAAUCACUCAUUACUUCACUGCUAAGUCCUACAAAUACUAUCGAAAUUAUGAGCAAACCGGCAAUUCACUAACACUUCAAUGGAUUGCCUUUGCGUCAAGCACUGCCCUGCCCUGCAUAUUGAUUCCCUAAGAAAAAUGACCUAUGCUAUUAAAAAAUUCGUGGAUUCUAGGUGUCUGUUCACAAGUCGGAACAUUAUUCCUCAGAAAAAUUAAUAAAAUCUCUGAACAUUCUGGUGCACUCUCAUUAGGGCGAGAGAAAAUAUGUUCCAUCUAAUCAUUUUAUAAGUUCUAAACUUCUCGACAAACUGUGUGGUGCCGCUCCGGAUGGCCGAGAUCUCGGACCGAAGGAUCGAAGUUCGAGUCCCGCGUCGGGAAUGGUUGUGGUUGUGUUCGUCCUUUUACUCCCACCAUCAUAUCGUGUCAUCCUCAUAGUUACCAUACCGUUACACGCAAUAGUGGUCGCUAAUGACCUAGUAGUUGAUGCGACCUUCGCAACAAUAACAAAAAACCUGUACGGUAAUUUAUACUAACAAAAGAUGUCAUUGAAAAUAAUUUUGCCUUGAUAGCUCUGGCUUCUGAGUAAUCACAUUCGCAGGCAGGGCGAGCCAGGCGAGGCCUGACCUUGAAGCAGUGGAAGGGGGAAACCUUCAUCCAUCCCCAGCUAGCCGACAUUAUCUGCUGCGGCUCGAAGUAGAGGCGCGAGCAGCUCUCUUCCCAGCGAAGAUGUCAGAGCUGGGUAGAGCAGAGGACGACCGCAAAGACCGCAGUAAAAUGUGCAGCGUGCUGGUGUUGAAUUGACCAAACUAUUUCUUUCCACUUCUGGGUAAGAACACCUCUGUCACGACACGCGCGUUGACUGCCAGACGUGGUCGGUCAAGAAUUUCAAUUCCCCACCCAGUGUGCGAAUUCGUCGUGUGAUGCUCGGGAGCCGUGCUGGUCGCGCCUAUACGUGCACAUUUGUGCAAAAGGAAAAACUGUUGCCCGAGAGACACCGGUUCUAAAAGCUGAUUUCAGGAUCUUCUGAGUUGACGUUUGGGAUGAUUUGUUAGUUUUAUCAUUUUAAAAUUGUAAUUCAAUUCUGGAUUUUUUUCUGAUAGUUUGAAGAG